AUGCCUCUUAUCAACCCUACCUUGGCGGCGGGUGCCCACCUGCUUGCCAGACAGGCCCUUUCGAGCACAAUCGACACCCUCGUGUCGUCGGCGACUGCAGCCGCCACAUCGGCCGGAUCAUUGUCUAGUUCUGCUGUGCCAUCAACAACUACGUCCUCGCCCGCAUCCACCGGAACCGUUGCAAAUGGUCAGCCUGGUAGUGCUGAGGGUAAUGGCGGAAAGUCGGGUAGCCCGAACUCGUCCCCCUUGCUCUUCUUCGUUGCCUUGGGCUUUGGUGUUGUCUUCACAAACCUAUGGAUUAUUGUAGGAGUUAAGUACUGCUUCCGCUACAAUGCCAGGAACCGCCAGAUGCGCAUGAAUGAGGAUGGCGAACCCAUCACCCUCGAAAAUAUGCCUCGGCCCCACCGACGUCGAAGAGAAAAGAAACUGAUGAGCAUGGACGAGGUGAACGAGAAGUUCCCGAUGCAAAAGUACAAGAGCUGGGUAGCGGGCCGGGCCCACGAAGGCCUGCCAACUCGUGGCGGCGUCUCAUCACCCCAAGGGCUCGCAGACAGCGUCCGUGAUGCCGACGGCGUCAUCCCCGACCUGCCGUCCAAGGAGCGAGAGUCUACUGAAGAUCGGCCCGUUACAGGCACAACACCGAAUGCAGACCCGGAAACCCAGGAGCCCGGGCAUCAGGCAAAGGAAAGCACGUCGAGUACUGUCGCCGGAGUCGCUCCGGCGUCAACCGAACCACCACAAGUGCCACCCACCGUAACAGAAAACCCCACACUGGCAAAAGUCAGUUCAUCGCCGCACGACGACGAGGACGAAGAUGACGAGCACAUCAACGCUGCCCUUCCUCCCGAGUGCAUGGGCACAUCAGGAGACACCUGCGCCAUCUGCAUCGAUAGUUUGGAGGAUGACGACGACGUUCGCGGCCUCUCUUGCGGCCAUGCCUUCCAUGCAGUUUGCCUCGACCCAUGGUUGACAAGCAGGCGAGCAUGCUGCCCUCUCUGCAAGGCUGAUUACUAUACCCCAAAGCCGCGUCCUGCUGCUGCGGAGCCGGGCGACGGCACGGCUAUCGGUUCCGCCUCCGCUUUGAGGGACUCCCGUCGCGCGAACAUGCCAUCGCGCCCUCAAGCGACAUGGAUGGGCAUCCGAGGACAUAGCAGGAUGAUGCUCCCGAGUCGCUUUUUGAGCACCAGCCAUGGCGACCAUGUCCACGUACAUCGGACUCGAUCAACACAAUCGGGCACACAAUCGGGCAUACAGUCGGGGAAUGCCGGGGGGCGGUUCAGGUUCUUCAAUCGAUCACGACAACCGGAAAGCGGCCAAGAAACGGUCAGUCCCGCCGCCAGUCCCACCGCUACAACCACCAGCCCAACAUCUUCGGACCAGCCGCAACCGCAACCUCAAAGUCGAUUUGCUGCUUUCCGAUCCGCUUUCCCAGCCUUCAGGGCCGUUGGGAGGGGGAACUCGCAAGCCAGCACUGGCCCCGUGGCAUCAGGCGCCAUCAACGACGUCACUCCGUCAAACCUCGAAGCCGGAGUUCGCCCCGCGGAGUCUCGAUGA